GACUAUAAUCGCAAAUUUAUUUGUGGUUUUAAAUUGAAUUAAUUAAAUUAAGAAGUUCUUAGCGUAUAUACGACAAUUCUGAGACAUGUAUGUGAUUGAAUUUAACGUAUAUACAUGUAGACGCAAUUAAGCAGAUAUGUAUGCAUGUACAGAAAACUAGGACAGAAGGUUCAUAGGCCAGGUAGGCCACUAGAAAUGCGUGAAUAAAAUGGAAGAACUAUCAUUCUGUAACAAAAGACUUGUGGAAAUCCUGGUCGAUAACCAGUGGAUGUAUAACUUUCAAGUAACAAGAUUCUUUAUUGAGGAACCCUGGAAGUCACUUCCUCCUGAGUGGAGGGAAGACUUAUUGAAUCUUACGACGGAAGAACUAAAUUCACUCCCUUUUGGAUACGUGCAGGACGAUUGGACUGAAAGUCUACGAAAGUAUAUAUCCUCAGCAACAGAACUCGUGUUGCCAAGGAAUCUUUCAGAGGAAAUUCAACCAUGUACUCUUACUUCUGAACUCAAACGGGGAAUGAACCCUAAAAAACAACAUGAAGUAAGGCAUAUGGCAGCUCUUGUUAGUGAUAUAGCGACCAAGACAGGAUGUGACGUAGUGAUUGACGUUGGAUCCGGUCUGGGAUAUCUUGGUCAUGUAUUGAGCACUGUGUAUGGACUUAAAGUAAUUGGCUUAGAGAGCAAGUCAACUCAUACGUCAGGAGCAGAUAAACGUUUGUUUUCAGAAAAUAACGAAAAUAUCAUGAAUGUGACUUUUGAGAUGAAUGACUCUGAAGAUAGUUUAUCGAAUUUUAACACAUUAAUUAGUUCAUGUUUGGAGAAAUUUAAAAAAGCAGAACGUGAAAAAGUUCCGGACGAUGGAAACUUAUCUUCAUCUUGGUCGGAAGUGCAUUCAUUGAACAGUGCAGUUCGUAACUCUAAUGAAAAUGGAAACGGUGCUGAUGUAACCGGAAUUGGAGUGGAGAAUAGUGAAUUAGACACGUGUCUCCUGAUUGGACUUCACUGUUGCGGAGAUUUGACUCCCGCAAUGCUCAGGAUGUAUUUGGAAGUGACGUUUGUGAAAGGACUUUGUUGUGUUUCCUGCUGCUAUCACAGAAUGACUAAACAUGGAUCGAAGUAUACACAUUUCCCAAUGAGCAGGGAUACCGAAGCCACUUUGUCCAAAUUUGAUCUCAGACCCACAAUUCCCUUUUUAAGACUAGCAGCACAAGAAACUAGGGCUCGUUGGAAAACACUCUCUGAAGAUUCACACCAAAGUCAUACGAAUGCUGUAGCUUAUAGAGCACUUCUGGAGCUAUGUGCAUACAAAGAAAAUACAGAAUGUAACAAGCUUUUUCGAAGAAUAGCAACUGCAAAAGAUUUCGCUGACUUCGAAUCUUACGUAGAUAAAAUUUUAUCACGCUGUGAAUUUACUUCCAGACAAGGGAAAGAAUCCAUAAAAGAUAAGCUCAAUUUGCUGUACGAGGAAUACAAAGGAAAAUUUCCGUACAUAGAGGUUAUCACGGUUCUUCAAGUUAUACUACAGCCUCUGAUAGAAAGAUUAAUCAUUCAAGAUCGUGUUUUGUGGCUGCUAGAAAACGGACAAAAUGCGUAUCUUAUGCCUGUGUUUGACGAUGCCAUAUCUCCGCGCAACAUUGCUGUAUGUUCCAUGAAAAUAAAUUAAAUACACA